AUGGCAGCACUUUCUACACCGCAUCAGUCACACUGCUACUUCUUUCACCUCCCACCAGAACUUAGAAACUCCAUCUAUGAGUAUGCUCUUACAGAAUUCAAACCAUUGCUCUGCACUGCCGGUGAUGCCACUGGCUCACCAAAGCUACUGUUACGAUAUCAAUUCGGGAACAACGAAGCCAAACGCGAGGCCAACCAACUGAAAUACGUAUGUCGCCAACUCAACUAUGAAGCUCGAACGCUGUCUCUAAGAUACAACGACAUCCAUUUCCAUGGCAUCGAAAACUUCGAGAACUUUCUUCUCUCCAGCACGCACACACUGCAAAAGCGCUUCCGUAACGUCAUCAUCAUCGACGACCACGAAAGCUUGAAAAAGAGCUACACAAUCAACCAGCUAGUCGACCGCUCCAUGUCUCCGGUUGUAUUCGGCUUUUGCUCUCGCAACCCCAAGGCACGAGUCGUGAUCCGGAAUUCGCGUCGCUUUACCGAAGGCGCCUGGCUGACGAUCUACGUUAAACUGCGACAAACGCUACGCGAGGACAUGGACGAGAAGCUAGAUAACAUGUUUGAUGCUGAGACGGCAGAUCUCAUUAAGGAAGGUUCUAUUUCGCUCAGGAGAGAGCUUUUCGGAAAGUACCAGAGGCCGUUUCUUCAGAACUUGAGGAUCGUACCGACUGCCGAUUAUCCGAAGAAGUCGGCGUAUUGGAGCGACGUGCAACUUGCGGAGGCUAAACGCCUGUACGAGGAGGGUUGCUGA